UUUAAUGCAUUUGGUUCAAAUCCACAGUUGUGAAAAGCAUGGCCUUCUCACAUUUUCUGCUGCAUUUCUUCUUGUGGCGACCUGGUCUCCCAGACAAGACAAUACCCACGAACCAUCCAAUACUGUGACGCCCUUUCACUUUCACCUUCCCGUUUUGCUUCUCUUGUCUCAGGGAGAGAAAAGUACACUGCUUAGUUCAUGAGAGAUAUUUGAGAGUUGUAGUGCUUUUGCAUUCUUGGGAUGUAUCUUUCAAAGAGUUUCAAGCAUGAAGUCGUUGUCAUCCUGUGGUUUUGCUGCUAUUUGCUACAUGCUUCUGGGCAGAAUAACAUCACUAGUUAUGUUGAAGUUGAAGCAUUGAGAGCCAUUAAGAGUAGUUUGAUUGAUCCUAAUGGAAAUUUGAGCAAUUGGCAUCAUGGAGACCCAUGUACAUCAGGGUGGAAAGGAGUUUUGUGCUUCAAUGAAACACAAGAGGAUGGCUAUCUGCAUGUUCAAGAAUUGCAAUUACUGAGUUUGCAACUGUCUGGAACCUUGGCACCAGAUCUUGGCAAAUUAACAUACAUGCAAAGAUUGAACUUUAUGUGGAACAACAUAAGUGGCAGUAUUCCGAAGGAAGUUGGCAAUAUCAAAUCCUUGGAACUUUUGCUCCUGAAUGGAAAUAAUUUAACAGGUCCGCUACCAGAGGAGAUUGGCUAUCUUCCAAACCUGGAUAGAAUACAAAUCGACCAGAACCAUAUAUCAGGACCUAUACCUACGUCAUUUGCAAAUCUGAACAAGACAAAGCAUUUUCACAUGAACAACAACUCACUCAGCGGACAAAUUCCACCGGAGCUUUCCCAGUUACCAAAUCUUGUUCACCUUCUUCUCGACAAUAACAACUUAUCUGGUUUUCUCCCCCCUGAGCUGUACAAGAUGCCAAAGUUACUUAUCAUUCAACUUGAUAACAAUAACUUUGAAGGAAAUAGUAUUCCUGAUACGUAUGGCAACAUGUCAAAGUUGUUGAAGAUGAGCCUUAGGAAUUGCAGUUUGACAGGACCAGUUCCUGACUUAAGCAGGAUACCUCACCUUCUUUAUCUUGACCUCAGUUUCAACCAGUUGAACGAAUCGAUUCCUGCCAAUAAGCUUUCUGAAAAUAUCACAACCAUUGAUUUAUCAAACAACCGCCUAACUGGAAAUAUUCCAUCUUACUUUGAUGAUCUUCCAAGUCUUCAAAAGUUGUCACUUGCAAACAAUUCAUUGAAUGGAAGUGUUUCUUCCUCUAUUUGGACGAAUAAGACUUCAAAUGGAACAGAAAACUUUCUUGUGGAGUUGCAAAAUAAUAACCUUACAGUCAUAUCAGGAACUACUGAUCUUCCUCCAAACGUCACAGUUGUGCUUGAUGGGAAUCCCCUUUGCCCAAACAUAACCCUUGCUAAGUUCUGUGGAUCUGAAGGUGCUACUGUAACAAAUGGCUCAUUCACUACAAACUCCAUUUCAUGUCAACCUCAAGCAUGUCCUCCUCCUUAUGAGUACUCUGUUGAUUGUUUCUGUGCACUUCCAUUGCUUGUUGCCUAUCGGCUGAAAAGUCCUGGAUUUUCCGACUUUAUUCCGUAUUUGGAUGAUUUUGAGACCUACAUGACUACUGGUCUUCAAUUAUCUACUGAUCAGCUAGAAUAUACUUUUUAUUGGCAAGCAGGACCUCGAUUGAGAAUGGACUUGAAAUUUUUUCCUCUAUAUGUUAAUAACACUAGCAAUCAUACUUUCAAUAGAAGUGAGCUCCUACGGAUCACAAGCAUGUUCACAGGAUGGCUAAUUCAAGACAGUGAUCUGUUUGGACCUUAUGAACUGCUUGGCUUCGAUCUUUUGGGUCCUUACAAGGAUGAAAUUGGCAAGGAUUCAAAAUCAGGAAUAAGCACAGGUGCACUGGUUGGCAUAGUUGUAGGGGCAAUUGCCUGUGCAGUGACAUUAUCAGCAAUUGUUACCCUUCUUAUAUUGAGAAUCAAAAUGAGAGGUUAUCAUACUGUUUCCAAGCGGCGUCAGGCAUCUAAGAUAUCUAUAAAAAUUGAUGGUGUAAGGGACUUUACUUAUGGAGAAUUGUCCUCCGCCACAAACAAUUUCAGCACUUCUGCUCAAGUUGGACAAGGUGGCUAUGGGAAGGUUUAUAAAGGGACUCUUUCUGAUGGCACAGUUGUUGCCAUAAAACGCGCACAAGAGGGAUCUCUGCAAGGUGAGAAGGAGUUCCUUACAGAAAUAUCAUUACUAUCAAGGUUACAUCAUCGCAACCUUGUUUCUCUGCUUGGAUACUGUGACGAAGAAGGUGAACAGAUGCUGGUUUAUGAAUUUAUGUCUAAUGGCACAUUGAGGGAUCACCUUUCUGUUACAGCGAAAGAACCCCUGAGUUUUGCCAUGAGAUUGAAGAUUGCACUAGGGGCAGCUAAAGGUCUCGUGUAUCUACACACAGAAGCUGAUCCUCCAAUAUUUCACCGAGAUGUAAAGGCCAGCAACAUUUUGUUAGACUCUAAACUUUCAGCGAAAGUGGCUGAUUUUGGACUUUCUCGUCUUGCCCCAGUUCCAGAUAUGGAAGGAGUUGUGCCUGGUCAUGUAUCUACGGUGGUAAAGGGGACCCCGGGUUACCUUGAUCCAGAGUACUUCUUAACGCACAAGUUGACUGACAAGAGUGAUGUUUAUAGUCUUGGUGUUGUGUUUCUGGAACUUUUGACUGGGAUGCAUCCUAUCUCACAUGGAAAAAAUAUUGUUAGAGAGGUUAAUAUUGCGUACCAAUCAGGUGUAAUAUUUUCAAUUAUUGAUGGACGCAUGGGGUCUUAUCCAUCUGAGCAUGUGGAGAAAUUUUUGACAUUGGCCUUGAAGUGUUGCGAAGAUGAACCAGAGGCACGACCUAGAAUGGCAGAAGUGGUUAGAGAGCUUGAAAACAUAUGGUCUACAAUGCCAGAAUCAGAUACCAAGAAAGCUGAAUUUAUGUCCAGUGAUUCUGGCAAAACAGACAGUCACAGUAUACCAUCUUCAUCCUCUUCUGCUAUGAAGACUCCUUUUGUAUCAGGAGAUGUGUCUGGUAGUGACCUUGUUAGUGGAGUAAUACCAAGCAUCAAGCCAAGAUAGAAACUAUACAAGUUAAAAAUGAUUACCUUCUGCAAUCAUCCUGUGCAUUAAAUAAUGUGGCCAUAUGGUUACUACUUUUCAUUUUCACCCUUUAAAUUUUCUUCUCUGUAUAAUAUGAUAGACUGAUAGAGCUCUAGCUGGUAAAUAACAUCGAUUUUGUACACCAUUAUAUGCUGACUGGUUGUUUGUAUGUAGUGCUAGAUAAGUACUAGGGAGUUGAAUUCUGUUUUGAAGUAGCUUGUUCAAAUCUUUGUAGUGCUCUCUCUUUAUUUCGGGUGAGUUUUGUAUUGAUACUGGAUUAUAAAGAUUUUAUUUUAUACUAUAAAUUGGAACGAUUUAAAAGUUGA